UAUUGUUGGUAUUCCAGUGACUGAAAUUGCAAUUGCAGCCCAAGCAAUUGGAAUAAAAUAUGUAGGAAUGAGAAAUGAACAAGCUUUAAUAGAUCUAUUUGUUUAUGCUACCUGAAGCAGUGCAUUUGGUUUGAAGCGUUUCAGAGAUUCGUCUUAGGAUAACAAGACUGGCUUGCUAUGCUGCCUCUGCUGUUGGGUACCUGACAGGAAAAGGUGAAAAAUCAUCCUGCCUUGCUACAUUAUAUGUUCUCUAAAAUCCAGUUAUUUCCUGUGUAAUGUACCCGGAUACAUGUAAAAAUCAAGAUGGUAACCAGUCUUCUGUUACGGGUGCAGUGGGUAGAAGCAGCUCUGAAUCAGAAAAGAAGCUUACAAAUGCCUUUGGAUUAAUGACUUCCUCCCUUCAUAGGCCUUUGAUUGUUAUUGGAGGUUCCUCUGACAGGAAUCAGGAAAUCAUGGGAGCUUUCCAAGAAUUCCCACAGGUUGAAGCUUGUAGGCUAUACAGCAAAUUUUCUGUCAGACCCAGCAGCCUAGAAACUAUUCCUGCUGUUAUUGAAAAGGCAGUGAGGUGCAGUAUCUAUGGUCGCCCAGGUGCCUGUUAUGUUGACAUGCCAGGAGACUUCGUAAAUCUACAGGUGAACAAGAGCUCUGUCAAAUAUGUUAAGUGCUGUUUGCCACCCCCUGUCUGCACAGCUGAGCACUCUGCUGUAUCUGAAGCAGCAUCUAUCCUUGCGCAUUCCAGACAGCCUCUCCUAAUCAUUGGCAAAGGAGCUGCUUAUUCACGUGCUGAAAACAGCAUCAGAAAGUUGGUAGACCAAUGUGGGCUACCAUUUCUGCCUACCCCAAUGGGGAAAGGAGUUGUUCCUGACAACCAUCCAAACUGUGUAGCUGCAGCCAGAUCCAGGGCAUUGCAGCAUGCUGAUGUAAUAAUAUUGUUUGGUGCCAGGUUGAACUGGAUUUUGCACUUUGGACUUCCUCCAAGAUUUCGACCAGAUGUAAUGAUUAUCCAGGUUGAUAUUUGUGCAGAAGAGCUGGGGAAUAACGUGAGACCUGCGGCAAAUUUAUUAGGUGACAUAAAUGCUGUGACUGAGCAGCUUUUAGAACAACUUAUUCUAAUGGAAUGGAAACAUCCUUCUUACUCAGAGUGGUGGAAGGGUUUAAGAGAGAAAAUGAAGAGCAAUGAAGAAAGAUCCAAGGCAUUGGCAUUACAAAAGUCCCUGCCUAUGAAUUAUUAUACAGUAUUCCAUCAUGUCAGAGAACUGUUACCCAGGGACUGCAUUCUGGUUAGCGAGGGAGCUAAUACUAUGGACAUUGGACGCACUAUGCUUCCAAACUAUCUUCCUCGCCACAGACUGGAUGCUGGUACAUUUGGAACAAUGGGAGUUGGGCUAGGUUUUGCUAUUGCAGCUGCAAUGGUGGCUAAAGAUCAGACACCCGAGCAGCGAGUGAUCUGUGUAGAAGGAGACAGUGCUUUUGGAUUUUCUGGCAUGGAAGUGGAAACUAUCUGCAGGUAUAACUUACCAGUUGUAAUUAUCAUAGUAAACAACAAUGGGAUAUACAGUGGUUUGGAUGCAGAUUCCUGGAAGGAGAUGUUAAAAUCUGGAGAACCAACUGUGUGUGCACCCCCUGUUUGUCUCCUGCCAAAUUCUCACUAUGAGCAGAUUAUGUCAGCAUUUGGGGGUAAAGGAUACUUUGUAAAAACACCAGAGGAACUGCAAAAUGCCCUGAAAGCAAGCCUGGUAGAGAAGCAAGUGCCUUCCCUUAUCAAUGUAAUGAUCAACCCACAAGCUGACAGAAAGCAGCAGGAUUUUCACUGGCUGACUCGUUCUAAUAUGUAACAAAAGAUGCACUGUGUGAUGAUCCUAGCCAAUACAUCUGCUUCAGCCAAACCAAUCAUUUUCCAGGAGUGAAACAGCUAAAGCUAUAUUUUAUCAUCAUUAUUUACAUAAGAUUGUAAAAUCCUAGUUUUUGUUUCAUUUUU